GUUUAGCCGGUCGUUCAGUUUUGUGACAACCGUUACGCCGAACGGUCGCGGUUUGGUCGCUAAAUAUCCGAAAGUGCAAUAUUGGACUCAGUUGUGCAGAAUAGUUCUAAACAAGGAACGAACAUCGAAUCGUGGGACUCCGUGGACAAUCACGUGGAGCUCAUCGAAAAUACGAUUCUUCCUAGUGAUUGUGUGCAUUACUUACAGUUACUUUUCCUGAUUAGUGACAAAUUUGAGCUAGUCGUAAACUUAAAUACGAUUUGCGCGCGUUGUAUUCGUUUAGAGGGAACAGAUGAUCACGGACUUCGUAUUUGUAGCUGUUACCUGCCUCUCAAUUGGCAGAGAUGGGUUUAAGUGAAGUUUUCACAGCAUACUGAGAUACAUCUAAGUGACACUUGGAGACCUGAAAGAGGAGGUUUGUUCUGCACUUGACUGACCGCUGCAGUGACAACUGCGCUAAUGAACAAGUCAGUGCCAGUUAAUGAUGUAACAAGCGAAUGCAGCUGUGGAAAUAGAUUGUGAUAAGUUCUGUUUGGCAUAGGCAGCUCGGGCAUAAUAACAAUAGAAAAUGGCGGAAAAAGUAACAGCAUCAUCGGAAGCAAUAAAAGAAAAACACUUGCUUUCCCUCCAGGAACAGCAAACAAAACCAAAGCCGCCUCGAACGCUUAGGGAAAAACUAUGUUACUUGAGAAAUAACAUAACGGUUGAGCCCGUUGUGGCAUGUUACAUCAUGCCAAGCGUUUUGGCGGGACUUGCCACGCAGAAUCUCAAUCUGGAAAAGGCCUGUCGUGUCAAUAUGAACUACGGGGACACGGUGUGUGACGCGUUGACCCGAAGGGAAACGGCCAACUACACUCACGAGGAAGAAAUGAUUCAACAAAUGGUUGCCCGAAUGGCUGGAUGGAAAACGGUCCUGCAGAGUGCGUUGCCUUGUCUGCUCAUUCUAUUUUGGGGUUCGUGGAGUGAUCGACACGGCCGCCGGAAACCUUGCAUUUUGAUUCCGAUCAUCGGUGAGUUCACCACAGCGAUUGGGCUGAUUCUGUGCACCUAUUUCGAACGGGUUCCGAUGGAAGUGGCUGCUGUUACGGAGGCACUAUUUCCUGCUCUAUCCGGUGGAUGGUUCACCAUGUUCAUGGGGGUGUUUAGUUACAUUGCGGAUGUUACAACUACCGAGGAGCGAACUAUCCGUAUUGGCAUAGUGAAUCUGUGCUUCUCCUUAGGCGUUCCUAUCGGAAUGGCGUUCAGUGGAAUUCUGUUGAAGCAAAUCGGAUUCUACGGGGUGUUCUCGAUUUCCGCCUGUCUGUAUUUGGUGGCCUUCUUCUACGGGGUGUUCUUCCUCAAGGAGGUCAACGUUAGCGUCAACGAGAAGGAACGAUUGAAAGCCAAAGAGAAGAGCGCAUUGGCGGAUUUCUUCGACAAAGAGCACGUCCAGCAAACCUUCCGGGUGGCAUUCAAAAAAGGCGAACGCCAACGUCGGUUGCGGGUGAUAAUGCUGAUGAUUGUGGUCAUGGUUGUCAUCGGUCCGUUGCACGGUGAGAUGUCCGUAAUUUAUCUUUUCACACGCUAUCGGUUCAACUGGAGCGAGGUCGAGUUCAGCUUUUUCUCUACGUACGGUAUGCUAACCGGGCUCAUCGGUACAAUCUUCUCGGUGGGUGUGUUUUCCCAUCUAUUGAAAAUUGAUGAUGCCCUAAUCGGUGUAAUGUCCUGCAUGUCGAAGAUUCUGUCUAGUUUUGUAUAUGCCUUCGCCGUCACAACAUGGCAGCUCUAUUUAGGACCAAUUGUGGAAAUGCUGAACGGAACCUCAUUCAUCUCGAUGCGAUCGAUUGCCUCAAAGCUGGUCGCAAGCGACGAGUUGGGUAAGGUGAAUUCACUAUUCGGUGUAGCCGAAGCACUGAUGCCGUUGGUAUACGCCCCGAUGUAUACUACCGUGUAUGCAUCUACCAUCAACGUACUGCCGGGUGCUUUCUUCCUACUAGGCGGUGCAUUGACAGCACCUGCGGUGAUAAUUUUCUUAUGGAUGUAUCGAGUACACAAACGAGAGGAAAAAAUCCUUGCAGAAGAGGCUCGCAUUAACGACAAGUACAAACAAAUUGCCGAGGAAUCCAACAAUGGUUCAUCCGGAACGAGCAUUAUGAACGGAACGGUGAUCAGUGUCGAUGCUGAUAAGGCUACUGAUGAGCCUGGUUCGAUCGUUCUCAGAGGCAGACUUGGGUCUCUCAGACUACCCCCGAUAACCAGACGACCGUCGAAUGCGAUUUCGGAAGGUGCCGUGAAUGUGGGAUUCGCUGUGAACGACCCCGAAGGAGUGAUACACGAAACGAUGGAAAUAGUGAAAGAUCUACCUGUUCUGCACGUGGAACACUGUAAACUGUGAUGCAUGUUGAGUUACUAUUAAUAAAUAGUAUUAUUUGUGAUUUAAGCUAGUUAGUAAAUAAAUAAAUAUCUCAUUGUUA